AUGGCAACAUUAUUCGAUGGGAUCAACCAGCAGCUGGAUUUCUCCAGCUGUGGAGAGGAGGGAGGCAGCAGCAGCAGCAGCAGCAGCGACACCUUGGAUGACUCCCCUUCUCUGAUCCACGGUCCCACCAUGACUUGCAGAACACCCCGACUGCAACGCCACCGUAGCAGAAGAAACACCUUGUCUUCCCCUUUACAGUGCACCAGCCCCAUACCUUAUGCUUCCUGGAAGAAGUUGAGGCUGUGCGACUCCCCCAGCACACCUAAGAGUUUGCUUUCAAAGUCAUCACAGCCUUGCUCCAGCAUGAAGACAUGCCGCCGCCAGAGGAGCCUGUGUUUUGUUACGGCUGCUGCAAAUCAUACUCAGGCGCCUUCUGUCAAUGUGAAUCCUUUCACCCCUGACGUAGUACGCAGGAACAGCGAGCAGCAGUGGAGGAACAGUUGCAAGAGUGAUGACGACGAUGAUGAACAUGAGCCCAGGUUGAAACACAGCCUUGAAUCAUCUGAAGAGGACGAUGAAGCCUUUCUCCCUCCAAAGAGACGAGCUGUCCAAUCCCUCAUGCUGUCUCGGUAUGAGAGCGAGUUCCUGGAGCUGGAGCGCAUCGGUGUGGGCGAGUUUGGGGCAGUUUAUAAGUGUGUGAAGAGGCUGGAUGGAUGCCUGUAUGCCAUAAAACGAUCUCGACGGCCCCUGGCAGGUUCUGCCAAUGAGAAGCUUGCUCUAAAGGAAGUAUACGCUCAUGCUGUUCUUGGUCACCACCCACACGUUGUUCGCUAUUAUUCAGCAUGGGCAGAGGAUGACCACAUGAUCAUUCAGAAUGAAUACUGUGAUGGUGGGAGUCUCAAUGAUGCCAUUAUGAAGAAGGAAGCUCAAGAUGUAAUGUUUACAGAGGCUGAACUGAAAGAUCUGCUUUUGCAAGCAUCUAUGGGUGUAAAGUACAUCCACAGCUCAGGCCUUGUCCACUUGGAUAUCAAACCAAGCAAUAUCUUCAUUUGCCAGUAUCAAACCACAUUUGUGGUGGGUGAAGGGGAGAGUGAGGAGGAAGAUGAUGAAAGACCUUCAGCAGGAGUCAUUUAUAAAAUUGGUGAUCUGGGCCAUGUUACAUCAACCAGUAGUCCUCAAGUCGAGGAGGGAGACAGUCGCUUUUUGGCCAGUGAAGUCCUGCAUGAAGACUACAGCCAACUCCCCAAGGCUGACAUAUUUGCUCUGGGCCUCACUGUGCUGCUGGCAGCUGGCGCUGCUCCUCUACCACAAAAUGGAGAUCAGUGGCACAGGCUUAGAGAGGGGCAACUUCCCAGGCUGCCGCAAGAGCUCUCCCCUCCCUUUAGAGCAUUACUUAAUUCGAUGCUGGAUCCAGACUCGAUGAAGAGGCCAUCUGCCAGGGAGCUUUGCAGACACACACUCUUGAAGGAAAAGAGGACUGAGAGGCUUGCUGCUCAGCUACAAAAAGAGCUCAAUGUUGAGAAGUUCAAGAUAGCAAUACUUGAAAAAGAGCUCGAGGAGGCGCGUCGGGCAGCUUUGUCCCCGAAGCAAAACCUUUCUCCAGGACUGAAAUGUGCCAAGAUGGGGUCUCUACCUAGACUAGGGAGGAGGCUUGUUGGUAGGAAGACGGCACGGUCCAUGAGCUUUGGUGGUCCGGUGUCUGGCAUCUAAUCACAACUGUGACCUACUGUGCUGUAACAUGGCUCUCCCCCUCUAACAAGUCUCAAGUAAAAAUGUUGAAUGAAGCAGUGUGGUACAAUUGCCCUUGCAAGGAUGGUGGCAGAAAUGAUUAGGGGUAGAGUUAUGUUUUCUGAGGGAACUUUUGAAUGCUGCUGAUUUUUAAUGGACUUUUUAUUCAAGCAAGGCUUCAUCUUGUAACUGCCAUGCACCAGUGUGCUUGAUCAAAUGCUUUUUUAAAUUGUAAAUAAAACUUUUAAGCCUUUUAUUUUUUUUGCCUUUCAGUAUAAAAUCAUAUGCAUGCUUGUGAUGUGUCAAAUUGCUAUAAUAUUUAUUUUCCCUGUCCAAAGUACAGGGACUUUCCAGUAGGAGUGUUAUCUGUAGCUCCAGUUAACUGUAUGCAUGUUUUGAAAUGUCACGUUGAGUGUUUGUCACAGGCCACAUGAUUAAAUUUGAUAAGACAAUUUUUGAAAUGGGAAAUGUUUGUCCAAGCAGUAACUGAUAUAAAUAUUUACAGCACUUCAUUCGAUGCUGCGGUUAUAACUAGGUGAAUUUGCUUAGCAGUUCUGAUAUUUUCUCAGUUUUUC